AUGGACGUUCAUAGUGCCAUCGAAACACUUCGCCGUGGCGAAAAGCCCGAGUGGCCAACCCACACGAACUCUCUGGACUUUGCACAAUCUCUCGAUAAUGUCAAGGACCUUCCCAGUUUCCGGAGUGAAUUCGUGGUGCCGACCAAAGCUCAACUGAAACGAAAGACACUUGCAGAUGAUGCACAAACAAGCGCAGUUGCAUCAGGCCCAGAUGACGAGAGCAUAUACUUCUGCGGAAACUCCUUGGGUCUUCAGCCAAAGGUCUUAACCGAAUAUAUGGCAGCUUACAUGAAGACAUGGGGCUCCAUUGGCGUCGGUGGUCACUUCACAAACUUCGAAGACUCCCCGUUGGCACCUUUCCAAGACAUGGCGGCGGAUUGCUCCAAGAAGACCGCUGCUCUAGUCGGUGCUUCCCCCGAGGAAGUUGUAAUCAUGAACACGUUGACUGUCAAUCUUCAUCUCAUGAUGGCUGCCUUCUACAAGCCGCAGGGAAAGAAGACCAAGAUCAUGUGCGAGUGGCGGCCGUUCCCAAGCGAUUGGUACGCUAUUGAAUCUCAGAUCGAAUGGCAUGGUCUCAACGCCAAGGAGAACAUGUUACUUGUUGAGCCUGAUGACGGCUACAUCAUGACAACCUCCAACAUCAUUUCUCUCAUCGAUAAACAYGCCGAUGAACUUGCUUUGAUCCUUCUCCCUGGCAUUCAAUACUACAGUGGGCAAUUGCUGGACAUUGCUACUAUUACCAAGCAUGCACACUCUCGCGGACUCAUCAUUGGCUGGGAUCUUGCACACGCAGCUGGUAAUGUCGAACUCAAGCUACAUGAAUGGGGUGUUGACUUUGCUUGCUGGUGCAACUACAAGUACAUCAACUGCGGAGCUGGUGGUAUGGCUGGUGCUUUCGUUCACGAGAAGCACGGCAACAAUGGCUCGAACACCGGAUUGAAGGGAUGGUACGGCGGUGACAAGUCUGUUCGCUUCUUGAUGGACAACAAAUAUGUCCCUACUCCAGGUGCCCAGGGAUUCCAACUCGCAAACCCAUCCGCAGUAGACUUGACCUGCCUAUCCGCCUCCCUAUCCAUCUUCGAAAAGACAUCCAUGUCAGCCCUUCGAUCAAAAUCAUUACUACUCACUGGCUACGCCGAGCACCUCCUCAACCAAAUCUCAGAGCGAGACUCUGCCGAAACGGUACCAUUCCAGAUCAUCACACCCUCAGACCCAAGACAGCGCGGAACACAGCUCAGCGUACUUCUUCGCGAGGGACUGCUAGAGCCGGUCAGCGCCGCUCUGGAACAGGAUGGAAUCAUCUGCGAUAAGCGAAAGCCUGGCUGUAUUCGCGUCGCUCCUGUUCCGCUUUACAACACGUUCAGCGAUGUGUGGCGCUUCAUGCAGACUCUGGAGCGGGCUCUGCAACCAAAGGUACAGGAAGAUUUGAACGACAAGUCGGGCGCUCUUGUGCAAGACCAUGGACAACACCAGGCUGGUGCGGAGGUUGAUGCUAGAUUGUAG